GUAAACCUCAUCGAAGAAGAAAAAGAAGGCGGCGCUCCGUAGUUUUGAUACUCCUGGCCAACUUCCGAUUCUGGUACAACACCCAAGGAGAACGAAGACGGGCGAAACAACGCGAAGGUAGGCUAUGGCUCGCGGGCAGCAGAAGAUUCAAUCCCAGCAAAAGAACGCCAAGGCGGCGGCUGCUAAGAAGAAGGGAGCGGCAGCAGACCAGAAGACUGCAGCCAAGGCAGCACUUGUCCACACCUGUCCCGUCUGCCGGACGCAGAUGCCGGAUCCGAAGACAUUCAAACAGCACUUUGAGAGCAAGCAUCCCAAGUCCCCAAUGCCACCAGAGCUGGUUGAUGUUGAGGCUUAAAACGAUCACACACACACAAUGGACCUGCAGCUGGGAUACACGAUUUGAACACUGCGGCUGGUAUAAGGGCGUCAAGGGACAUAACUCUGAGACCCCUGGACAUGGGUGGGGGAAUAUUUGUGUGAAGACCUAAAAUGGGGGCAGAAGCUCACCAGCACCCCAUCUUAUAUGUCCAACCACCCCUGAACGUCAGACUCUAUUGAAACACCCAUCUUACUUCUAUGAGCCCACUCUACGUACAUCCCAUUUCCCUAUGCUGCUUCCUUCACUUAAUUCCUGUUUCAAUAACAUCUAGACUAAUUUACAAGUAUACAAGUUUCAUUACUUUUUUUGCUACUUUUUCUCACCUGUGUACUGCUGUCCUACGUUUGCCCCCAACUCUUUUCUAUACCUCCUCCCAUACAUUCUUGUUCAGAUGUUCUUGAUCAUUUCUGCUUUCUUUGAGAAUGGUGUCAUGGUGGAAUGCAUUUCAUAUAAGGUCAAGACCGAGCCUGGUUCUGCCUAUAUAAAGGCCCUGGUUGAAACAAGGCCAAAUCCUGUAAGUAGUUUUGGUCUGUGUAUGCAAAGAUCACUUUUGAUAAUCCAUGUUGUAACAUAAUUUUUAUUUUUUUGCCUUUUCCAUUUCCAAUAUAUAGAUAGAUAGAUGGAUAGAGAAAAGCAUUCCUCUGCCUAUUUGAUCCAUUCUGAAGGAAAGCAGUGAGUAAGUUUUGUAUGUUGUGUGAGAGGUUAUGUAUGCCUUGUAAUCCAACCAGAAAAUCGGGACUUCCGAAUGCAAGUUAAACGCAAUUCCAUCUAUACUGAUACCAGACAAAUGCGUACUUAACUGUUUUCUAAUGUAUUUCCAAUAUACUGCAAGGCUAUGUAGCUGAAUAGGGGUGACACUGUCUAGGAUAGGCUUGUCUUAGUUUCUGGAGGUCUGUGUUCACUGGCACUUACUCUCACUUCUGCAUCAAAUCAACCUCUUUCAAUAAAUAUUAUAUACUGAGCAUAAA